CAAAGCAUGUCGGGAGUGCAUCUGACACAACUGGAGAAAGAGCAUAUACUUUCUGAAACAAAAGACUUGAGCAUUGCUACUCCUGAGGAAUUUGUUCACAGAUUUGGAGGAACUCAUGUUAUAAAUAAGGUGCUUAUAGCUAACAAUGGCAUUGCAGCUGUAAAAUGCAUGCGCUCUAUAAGACGAUGGGCGUAUGAAAUGUUUAGAAAUGAACGUGCAAUACGUUUUGUUGUCAUGGUUACUCCAGAAGAUCUGAAGGCAAAUGCAGAGUAUAUUAAACUUGCUGAUCACUAUGUUCCUGUACCUGGUGGGGCAAACAAUAAUAACUAUGCUAAUGUUGAACUAAUUUUAGACAUUGCUAAGAGAAUGAAUGUCCAGGUGGUUUGGGCUGGCUGGGGACAUGCUUCAGAAAAUCCCAAGCUUCCUGAAUUGUUAAAUAAAAAUGGAAUAGCAUUUAUGGGCCCAUCUGACAAGGCAAUGUGGGCUCUUGGCGAUAAAAUUGCUUCUUCUAUUGUAGCUCAAACAGCAGGAAUACCAACUCUACCUUGGAGUGGUUCUGGCCUUAAAGCUGAGUGGAAUGAAAAUACUGAUUGCAAGAUUAAAAUUCGUUCUGAACUGUACAAAAAAGGUUGCGUAUCUGACGUCGAUGAAGGUUUAAAGAUUGCUCAAGAAAUUGGGUUUCCUGUGAUGAUAAAAGCUUCUGAAGGUGGAGGCGGAAAGGGAAUCAGAAAAGCUGCUAGUAUUGAUGAUUUUCCAACCCAAUUUCGUCAGGUUCAAACAGAAGUUCCUGGUUCUCCUGUGUUCAUCAUGAAAAUGGCAACAUCUGCAAGACAUUUGGAAGUACAGCUGUUAGCAGAUUCGUAUGGAAAUGCCAUAUCAUUAUUUGGUAGGGACUGUUCAAUCCAAAGGAGGCACCAAAAGAUUAUUGAAGAAGCACCUUGUGUUGUUGCAAAUCCGGAUAUCUUUGAACAAAUGGAAAAAGCUGCUGUUAGAUUGGCCAAGAUGGUCGGUUAUGUAAGCACAGGAACAGUGGAAUACUUGUAUGAAGACGAUGGAAGUUUUUAUUUUUUGGAACUCAAUCCCAGACUUCAGGUUGAACAUCCUUGUACAGAGAUGGUUGCUGAUGUGAACUUACCAGCUUGCCAGUUGCAAAUUGCUAUGGGAAUCCCACUGUACAGAAUAAAAGACAUAAGAUUGCUGUAUAAAGAAAAAUCUUGGAGUGACUCUAUCAUUGAUUUCGAUAAUCCACCUCAUAAGCCUCGCCCUUUGGGCCAUGUGAUUGCUGCCAGAAUCACGAGUGAGAACCCAGACGAAGGCUUCAAGCCAAGCGCUGGCACUGUUCAGGAACUUAACUUCAGGAGCAACAAAAAUGUGUGGGGAUACUUCAGUGUGACUGCAUCAGGAGGACUGCACGAAUUUGCAGAUUCACAGUUUGGGCACUGCUUUUCAUGGGGAGAAAAUCGGAGAGAAGCAAGAGAAAAUCUUGUUGUUGCUUUAAAAGAAUUGUCAAUUAGAGGCGAUUUCAGGACGACUGUGGAGUAUUUGAUCACCCUUUUGGAGACAGAAGAUUUUCAAAAGAAUAAUAUUAACACUAGCUGGCUUGAUCACUUGAUUUCUGAAAAAGUUAAGGCAGAAAAACCAGACACCAUGCUCGCUGUAAUUUGCGGUUCUUUGCAUGUUGCUGAUCGAACUAUACUGGAUAAUUUUCAUAACUUUCAAGUUUCUCUUGAAAAGGGACAGAUAUUGCCUUCAAAUGUUCUCACCAAUACUGUUCAUGUUGACUUAAUUUAUGAAGGAAUUAAGUAUAAAAUGGAGGUUACAAAAUCUGGUCCAAAUCGGUACUUUCUGGUCCUUAAUAAUUCAUACAAAGAGAUAGAAGCUCAUCGCCUCAGUGAUGGCGGAUUGUUGUUAUCUGUAGAUGGUGCCAGCUACACAACAUAUGUUAAAGAAAAGAUUGAUCACUACAGAGUUGUCAUUGGAAAUCAAACAUGUGUUUUUGAAAAGGAAAAUGACCCUACAAUAUUACGAUCUCCAUCGACUGGGAAGCUGUUACAGUUUCUUGUAGAAGAUGGUGCCCAUGUCUACCCUAACCAACUUUAUGCUGAAAUUGAAGUUAUGAAAAUGGUGAUGACAUUAACAGUUAGUGAAAGUGGGUGUAUUCACUUUGUGAAACGACCUGGGGCUGUUUUAGAAGCUGGAAGUAUAUUGGCUCGUUUGGAGUUAGAUGAUCCUUCUCAAAUGAAAAGAGCACAGUUAUUUACCGGUCCCCUUCCAAAUGACGAUUUUCCAAAUUGUCAUGGCGAUAAAUUGAACCAAGUCUUUCAAGCUUCUAGACAUGUUUUGGAUUGCAUAUUAGAUGGCUAUGCACUGCCUGAUCCCUAUUUUGCUCCCAAAAUGACGGAAGCUGUUGAUACAUUCAUGCGAACAUUGAGGGAUCCCAGCCUGCCUCUUCUGGAAUUGCAAGAAAUAAUAUCGUCAAUAUCCGGUCGAAUUCCUUCUAAUGUAGAGAAGAACAUCAAAAAGCUAAUGUCUAUGUAUUCCAGUAAUAUCACAUCAGUUUUAGCACAGUUUCCAAGCCAACAAAUAGCAAGUACUAUAGAUUCCUAUGCAGCUACUCUGCAGAAAAGAUCUGAUAGAGAUGUUUUCUUUAUGACCACACAAGGAAUUGUGCAGUUGGUGCAAAGAUAUAGGAAUGGCAUUCGAGGACGUAUGAAAGCUGUUGUUACAGAUCUCUUAAAACAGUAUUUAUCAGUUGAAACAGAAUUCCAAAAUGGACAUUAUGACAAAUGCGUCACUUUAUUAAGAGAAAAGAACAAAGAAGAUAUGGCUGUUGUUGUUGGAAAAAUAUUUUCUCACCUACAAGUUCAAAAGAAAAACCAACUCAUAAUCAAACUUAUAGAUCAUCUUUGUGGCCAUGAGCCUGGUCUAACUGAUGAACUUGCUUCCAUUUUGAGUGACCUUACUACUCUCAACAAAUCUGAAAAUUCAAAAGUCGCUCUUCGAGCUCGUCAGGUUUUGAUUGCUGCCCUACAACCACCAUAUGAACUCAGGCAUAAUCAAAUGGAAUCCAUUUUCCUAUCUGCAAUUGACAUGUAUGGUCAUGAUUUUUGUCCUGAAAAUCUGAGAAAACUCAUUACCUGUGAGUCAUCAAUAUUCGAUGUGCUGCAAGAUUUUUUCUUUCAUAGUAAUGUGGUGGUUAGAAGAGCUGCUUUGGAGGUAUAUGUACGAAGGGCUUACAUUUCCUAUGAACUAACGUGUCUUAAGCAUGCUUGUUUGGUAUCUGGAACAUGUGCUGCAUUAUUUCAGUUUUUGUUGCCAUCUUCUCAUCCAAACAGGGCUGCAUGUAAUUUAGAAAGCAAGGAGGCAUUGUUGUCCACUUGGGAUGCUAAAGACUCUUAUGAAAAUGCGAACCGUUUGGGUCUUUUGGCAGCAUUUAAUAGCUUUUCUUCCUUUGAAAGUGACUUUGAAAGUUUAGUUGAAGUCUUUGAAAUGGCGGAGUGGUCACAAAAAAUGUAUGAUAAUAACACCAGUGAAGAAGAAGGUGAUAAUUUAUCAGCGUCAGAAAAUUAUUCGGCAGACUAUAAAGACAUCAUGAACGUUGCUGUUUUAAUGCCCAACAUGGAAGAUAUGCAGUAUAGUGAAAUAUUUUUGAAGUUCUGCUUAAAAAAUUUAGAAGUCUUUACGAAAAAGAAAAUUCGACGAAUAACUUUUAUUGUUUUGCGUAAGCAUCGCUUUCCAAAAUACUUCACAUAUAGAGCAAGGGAUAAUUUCCAAGAAGAUCGCAUUUAUAGACAUCUUGAACCUGCAUUGGCUUUUCAACUGGAAAUUAAUCGUUUACAAAAUUACAAUUUAGAAGCCGUUCCUACUGCCAAUCAAAAAAUGCAUUUAUACUUAGGAAAAGCUAAGGUAGCCAAAGGUCAAGAGGUAACGGAUUAUAGAUUUUUCAUACGUUGUAUCAUCAGGCAUUCAGAUUUAGUCACCAAGGAAGCUUCUUAUGAAUAUCUUCAAAAUGAAGGUGAAAGACUGCUUCUAGAAGCCAUGGAUGAGUUGGAAGUUGCAUUUACUCACCCACAGGCAAAGAGAUCUGACUGCAAUCACAUUUUUUUGAACUUUGUACCGAAAGUGACUAUGGAUGUUUCCAAAAUUGCUGAAAAUGUUCGUGCAAUGGUGAUGAGAUAUGGGCCUAGACUUUGGAAACUACGUGUGCUACAAGCUGAGCUGAAAAUGACUAUCAGACUCACGCCUACUGCAAAAUGCAUGCCAAUCCGCUUAUAUUUGUCUAAUGAAAGUGGAUAUUAUUUGGAUAUGAACCUGUACAAAGAAGUUACUGAUCCUGGUACUGGAGUUACUAAGUUUGAAGCCUGGGGUCACAAACAGGGUCCACUUCACGAUCUUCCCAUAUCAGUUCCUUAUGUAACUAAAGAUUAUCUUCAGUUGAAACGUUUUCAGGCACAGUCGAAUGGAACAACAUAUGUUUAUGAUUUUCCAGACAUUUUUCAGCAAUCCUUGGCUCGUUUGUGGGAAGAAUUUACCAUUGGACGCCCUGAAAUUGAGGUUCCUUCUCAAUUGUUGAAGUACACAGAGCUUGUACUUGAUGCAGGCCAAAAUUUGGUUGAAAGAAAAAGAUUACCUGGCGAAAACGAUAUAGGUAUGGUAGCCUGGAAAAUGACAUUCUUCACCCCUGAAUAUCCCAAAGGCAGAGAUGCUAUUGUAAUUAGUAAUGAUAUCACUUAUUUGAUUGGAACAUUUGCUCCUCAAGAGGAUUUCCUAUUUUUGAGAGCUUCUGAAAAGGCUCGUGAACUAGGCAUUCCACGCUUAUAUAUAUCAGCAAAUAGUGGAGCUCGUAUUGGAUUGGCUGAAGAAAUUAAAUACAUUUUCAAUGUUGCUUGGAUUGACCCUGAAAAUCCUGAUAAGGGAUUUAAAUACUUAUAUCUAACGCCUGACAAUUUCAAGAAAAUUAGUGCUAUGAAUUCAAUUCAUGCUACCUUAAUAGAAGAUGAUGGGGAAUCAAGGUAUAAAAUUACCGACAUCAUAGGAAAAGAUGAGGGUCUUGGGAUAAAAAAUUUAAAGUAUGCUGGUAUGAUAGCUGGCGAAUCUUCUCAGGCAUACAAAGAUAUUAUAACUCUGAGUAUGGUAACCUGUCGGGCUAUUGGGAUUGGGGCAUAUUUAGCAAGGCUUGGCCAGAGAGUCAUUCAGAUUGAAAAUUCUCAUAUUAUUCUAACUGGAGCUGCUGCUUUAAAUAAACUUUUGGGGAGAGAAGUUUAUACUUCAAAUAACCAACUUGGUGGCGUUCAAAUUAUGCACAAUAAUGGAGUUUCUCAUGUUACUGCAGCUGAUGACCUUGAAGGAAUUUAUAUCAUGUUGAAGUGGUUGUCCUAUAUGCCAAAGGCUAAAGGCUGUGAACUGCCUGUUAUAGAGCCAUUAGAUGGUAUUGAUAGAGAUGUUGUUUUCACACCAUCACGUCUUCCUUAUGAUCCAAGGUAUCUACUUGCCGGGAGAGAAAGCCCUAAUCUACCAGGAUUUUGGGAAGAUGGCUUUUUUGACUAUGGAUCCUUUGUGGAAAUCAUGCAACCAUGGGCCCAAACUGUUGUUUGUGGGCGUGCACGCUUGGGUGGCAUUCCAGUUGGUGUGAUUGCAGUUGAGACGCGGACGGUUGAAAUUGAUAUCCCAGCUGAUCCUGCUAAUCUGGACUCUGAAGCAAAAGUAUUCUCACAAGCUGGCCAAGUUUGGUUCCCAGAUUCUGCUUAUAAAACAGCUCAAGCCAUAAAUGAUUUUAACAAGGAGGAAUUACCACUAAUUGUGUUUGCUAACUGGAGAGGAUUUUCUGGUGGAAUGAAAGAUAUGUAUGACCAAGUUUUAAAAUUUGGGGCAAUGAUUGUGGAUGCUUUAAGAGAAUAUCAGCAACCAAUUAUUGUUUAUAUUCCACCAUAUGCUGAGCUUAGAGGAGGUGCUUGGGUUGUUGUUGAUGCCACCAUCAAUGAUAAACACAUGGAGAUGUAUGCAGAUCCUGAUAGCAGAGGUGGCAUUUUAGAACCUGAAGGCACCGUUGAAAUUCGUUUCCGGAAGAAAGAUCUUGUGAAGACCAUGCACAGGAUUGACCCAGUAUGUAGAAAUAUUUUACAUCAGAUGAACUCGUCAGAAAUGAAGCCAGAACAAAGAGGUGAUUUGGAGGAGCAGUUACAUCAGAGGGAGGAUGCUCUUCUGCCCAUAUAUCACCAAGUAGCUCUGAAAUUUUCAGAUCUUCAUGAUACUCCUAGGCACAUGAUGGAUAAAGGAGCAGUACAGGAAAUCAUUCCAUGGGCUAAGUCAAGGACUAUUCUGUAUUGGCGUUUACGCCGGCUUUUGCUACAGAACCGAAUCAAAGCAGAAAUCCUGUCCGUCAAGCCUUCUCUUAGUGAUGGUGAAGUAGAAUCCAUGCUCAGAAGAUGGUUUGUGGAAGAACAUGGUUCUGUGAAUCAAUAUUUGUGGGAUGACAAUAAAGCUGUUGCAGAUUGGCUUGCUGUUCAACUAGAUUCUUCUGUUGAAAGGUCACAUAUUUUGGAGAACAUUGAAUGCCUGCGUAGGGAUUCUGUCAUGUCUCAGAUACGCAGCUUGUUGCAGUCUCAUCCAGAAGUAGCCAUGGACUCUGUGAUACACAUCAUUCAAAACAUGACUCCUCAGCAAAGAUCUGAUAUCCUUAACACUAUUCGGGCGUUUGAAUCUCGAAUCUCUGAACCUCCAUCCGUUACUGAUGCCACUGAUUCAACAACAAACUUAACAUAACUUAGAAUGUGAGAUUCAAAACAUUUACAUGCAACAUCCUAUCGUCAGGGCCGGAUUUGGAAGUGUGGAGGCCCCUAAUCAGGGUUCGAAAAGAUCACCAUAUUUUCGAAAAUAUCCGAUUCUAAUAUUAUCGAUAAUUGCAUCGAUAAUAAUAUUAUUUUUAUGUAAGCAUUCUUUGUAGAAAUACAAAAAAAAAAAAAUGUCUGGGAGAAAAACUUAAAAUUUGCUAAUCUGUGAAAGUUAGGAUAUUUUGUAAAAAUUUUACUGUGGGGGGCCCCUUUGUUGUGGAGGCCCUGGGGCAAUAGCCCCGCCUGCCCUCCCCUAAAUCCAGCCCUGCCUAUCGUCCCUCCCCCUUGCAAAGUUGCUUUUUAUCUGUAUAUAUUUUCAAAUGCUUGGAAUAAUAUGUGAACUACUCUGUGAAUAACACUCUUCAAUAUACAGGUACUUAUUCAAAACCUCAAAAGAAUCACUCAAGUUCUGAUGUUCCCAACAUCAUUUCUGCUGUGUAGUCUCAGAUUAGUAUCUGUGAAUUUUACAACAGACAAUUCGCAGGUACUCCGAAAUUUUAAAACAUAUUUGCCUAACAACCACUUGCACUCAAGACCUAUCUGUUUUCAAUCAAGCUGACUUUUUCUCAAGCUAGAGCAGCAGCUGAAAACGAUUUACUAAGUGACUCAAAAGUUUUGCAAUAAGUUACAAACUGCAUUUUAUUUAUUUUUUUUACUAAUAAUAAUGUUAUCUUAGAAACCUUACAGUCAAACCCCUACAGGCUAUCAUGUUGCCCUGUUUUAGGAGUUGUCCACAAAUGAGGUCAGGUUUUCAAGGGCGUACUGAGCCCUGCAAGAGGGCAUCAACCUUGGUCUCCAAAGGAUGAAAAAAAAAAGGUGCACAAAAAAUGUUUAAAAGUGUGAAAAGAAAAAAAAAUAGAGCAAUUUAAAAAAAGUGCAAUUUUUUUAAAAAAAGAAAAAGAAAAGAAAAAAAAUGGUACACAGGUUUACGAGUUUAAAGAAAAGAAACACAUACAAAAAGAAGUCACACACCCUUUUGUUUUUUUCUGGGAACCCUCAUUUUCCAUUUACAGUAGAACCUGAAAAGUUGGCCACCUUUCUAUAUUGACCUUCUAUUGAAGUUGACCAGAAUUUCAUAGAUUGAACAGUAAAUAAUACAUUUCCAAUGAAAAUAAACCUCUUGAUGUUGACUCUUUACCAAGUUGCAUGUUGACAACUGAAAAAUUUAUGAGCUAUUGCUCACGGUUUUGCACACAAACUUGAUCACUUUUUCUGUUUUGUUGAAAAAUCCCUCCUCAUGUUCAGUUCCCUGAAACUUUUUUAUCUUUUAGUCAUUUUAUCUUACCCUCUUGAUGCUGGAUAGAUUUGGAAGAUUUUAUUUCAUUGUACAACAAUUUGCAAGCCCAGAAAAACUAUUUGAAGAAAUAUGGUUGUCAGUCAAAACAACAAGUCUCUAGCAGAAAAGUGUAGUAAGCUGCUAAUGAAGAUGAGCAAGUACCAAGCGAAGACAAGAGAAAAAAAACCGAGGGAUUCCAUAUGAGGCAGUGAAAAGCAAAGGGGCAUAAGUGCUAAAAUUAAAAAUUUGGAGAUAACUAGUACAAAAGGUACGUGAACUUCUCUGUUUUGGUGAAAAAGGUGGUACUAUACUUGCUUGCAACUUAAGUUGACAAUGACGUCAUGACGCAUGGAAGAAAAACCGAGUUAACAAAUAAAAUGUCACUCUUAUGCUAUUUCGCGAAUGAGAGGAGAUCGCCACCUGUCUAUGAGCUGCUAUUAGCUGGUGUGUUUAAUUCAAAUGGGGGAAAUGCUCUGCUUUGCUUCGCUUAUAAAAUUUGAAAAUAUUUAACGAUUGACAGAAAUUAUGACAAAUAAAGGUUAUGCAUGCAUGUGUUUAAUUAACUAAUGCGAUUUUUAAAGUGAAGAGCUUAAUUUCACCCGAAUAUCGGACAAGGCGUCUGGAAACAUUUCCUUCUCUUGGCCUCAGCUUCUUUCUCCAUCGUCAAGUAAGCUUGCAGUCGAGUAUAGUAAGUGCUGCUAUACAGCAUGAUUUAGAACAACUUGUGAAUCAAAGCCUUCCUAGGACUGGAACUUUAAACACGUUUUACUCGAAAUUUGUAAAUGUUCACUUACAUUCCU